AUGAACGGUCCGUCUACGACUGCAGCCCGCGUUACACCAAAGCCACCGCCUUCCGGUCCUGCACCUCCGGCCCCUGCUGUAGCGCCUCCUGUCCCACCAAGCAAUACGCAGCUCACCCCGGGAAAGCACGGCACGCCGCCAGUUACCAAUGGAACCCAUCCGCCUCCCACGAAGACGAACAAGAAGAAAGCCGAACCUCCACCCGUUGACCCCGCACAAAUGUAUGAAAGCCUGAAGAACAGAAUCGCGGUAUUAGAAGAGGAUGCUGUUCAAGGCGUGGAAGAGGAGAAGAAAUUUGUGGAGGAAGCGCAGAAGUCAGUGAAAGGCUUGGAUGAUAGUGCCAUUCAAGAGAAGUAUGUCCAGCUUUUCCAAGAGUUGAAGCGUAUGGAACGCGACUUCGCCAAGGAGAAGCAGAAACUGGUCAAAGACAAAGAUGCUGCCAAAGGGCAGCUGACCAAGGCGAAUCAGACCAAAACGAAGAUGGAGAACCUUGCUCGCGAGUUGCAGAAGGAUAACAAGCGGUUAAGAGAGGAUAGUAAACGACUGGCACAGUCGGUGGAGGAGGCUCAGGACGAAAUCCAACAAAUGAAGAACGAUGUUGCCAAGCGUGCAGAGAAAGCCAAGCUUCAGGACAUCAAAUACAGAGAACAACCCGACAUCGUGGUCAAGGUCCUGUGCAAGUACCGCGCUGAGCUGUUCUUCAAGAUCUCUCGCAAAACGAAGCUUUCCCGCUUAUUCAACGCUUGGACCGAACGUAUGGAGGGCCUAAACGCAAUGCUGACGGCGAAGCAAGGCGACAAAAACUCCGCGGCCACACCCGUGCAACCUAAUGGAGUCGUCAAAUCUGAUGCUGCCAGUUUGCACACGCUGAACUCCUCCACAAGUUCCACCAUGCAAUUCAUGUUCACUCAUGGUGGACGAACAUUAGAGUCGGACAUGACUCCCGAGGAGGCCGGUAUCGACGAUGGCGACGAGAUAUAUGCCGUGGAGAUGAUGGACCUCACCGAAGGCCCGGAUUUGGACGUUUUCGAUGACAGUAUUGAAAUCCGACGGCAGAAGCUGAAGAAGAACUGGACAGACAAUCCACGAGAAGCGAAGCGAGCCAUGGAAGAGAUAUUCGACAGUGUUGUACGGGAACGGCUCAAAGACGUGCUGAAGCAGUAUGAGCUACGCGAACGACACUUCGAAUGUGUUGUACGCUCGAAGGAGCUCGAGGUGUUGCUCUCUCGCGCACGAGCAGCAGAACAAAAGCAACUCGCUGAACAAGAGAAGACGAGAGCGGACAAAUUCGAGCACGAAAGCGUGAAGCUGCAGAGGGAACUCGACGAUGUGUCUGCUGGCCAGAAUAUGCUGAUUGAAAAGCUCAUGGCAUGUUGUCAAGAGCCCAAUCAGGACCGAAUGCAACGGCUGUUCGCGACGUUGCGGGAAGAGCUGGAAAAACGGCCGAAGAUAGGUGACGGUCCUGUAGGAUGA